UAAUAAUAGAUCUGUGUGUGUGUGUUAGUAUAGUAUGUACUAAGAGAUCUUUUAAUAACCACAAAGUAGCGGAUAAAUAACAGAAAAUAUUCCCAGAAAUGCAAUGAAAGAAAUGAAUUAACGCUCUUCCUAAAAUUUCAAAUUGAUUUACGUAACAUCGAUACCCACAUCCAACGCAAGCACAUUCGCGAAACACAAUUUGGUUGCAGAUGUAGGUUGAUGCGUAGCUGUCAAUGACAUCACAAUGUGUUACUAGUCGAAGGAUGAUCCUGAUUUAUACACCAACAAGUAGUUAAACCGCGAAAAUGUGGUCCUUUUUCUCGCGCGACCCUACCAAAGAUUUUCCAUAUGAAAUUGGUGAACAAGUACCCGGUUUGGAUGACAAAAACAUUUGGACAUUAUAUAGAGCAAAAAAGAAGGGUUCUACAGGUGGUGAAGAUGUCUCUGUGUUUGUCUUUGAGUUCAAGAGUAGUAAUGAGCAUCUUUCAGGUUUAGCACGAUCGGCAGUGAAACGAUUAAAGACUCUUAGACAUCCCAGUAUUCUUGCAUAUCUAGAUAGCCUCGAGACUGAUAAAAUGUUAUAUUUAGCAACCGAACGAGUAGAACCAUUAUACAACCGUUUAACCAGGAAAUCUGAAAGCGACGAGGAACCAAAAAGGGAAUUGUAUUUUUCUUGGGGAAUAUUUCAAAUUACAAGGGCACUGAACUUCUUAAACAAUGAUGGUAAUUUGAGACAUAACAACGUCAAUUUAUGGACUGUUUUUGUAAAUGAAGAAAGCGGAGAAUGGAAACUAGGAGGAGUUGAAUAUAUGACAACGGUAGAUGCUGUUUACAGUACUUUGCCAUCAACAUUCCAAUCCUAUUAUCCUCUAGACAGUCCAGAAAAUGUAAAGCCAGCCACUAAAUGCUCAGUUGACAUGUGGGGACUUGGAUGCCUGAUCUGGGAGACGUAUAACGGUUCACUGAAUACAAGCACGCAACUUAAAAACACGGAUAAAAUUCCGAAACAGUUACAAACAGUGUAUCGGGAAUUGACUAGUAGCAACGCAGAAGGAAGACCAAAUCCUGCUGAUGUGAUAGCGCGUUGUCGCAGCAAUGGAGGAUUUUUUAAGAAUAUCCUAGUAGACGCGCUUCUAUUUUUAGAAGAAAUUCAAAUGAAAGAGAGAGGCGAGAAGGGCCGAUUUUUUUCCCAACUCGCUGGUCAGUUAGAAUCAUUUCCGGAUGGUGUUGGUAGAUAUAAAAUUUUACCGCAAUUACUGGCUGCCUUCGAGUUCGGCGAUGCCGGUAGCGCAGUAUUACCACCUCUUUUGCAACUUGGUUGCCAACUACCCGAUGCUGAAUAUCAGAAAAGAGUUGUACCAUGUGUAGUAAAAUUGUUCGCAUCGAACGAUCGGGCAACAAGAUUGAGAUUAUUACAGCAAUUAGACAGAUUUGUCGACCACUUGCAACCAGCAACUGUUAACGAAGCCAUCUUUCCACAGGUAGCUAGAGGUUUUUUGGAUACGAACCCUGCGAUUAGGGAACAAACGAUAAAAUCUGUUGUACAUUUAGCACCGAAACUAGACUAUAACAAUCUUAAUGUGGAAACAUUAAGAUACUUUGCUAAACUUCAAUCUAAGGAUGAACACGGUGGCAUACGUACCAAUACAACAGUUUGUUUGGGAAAAAUUGCUCAACAUCUUCAUCCUCAAAUUAGACAAAAGGUUUUGAUCGGAGCUUUCAUAAGGGGUACCAGAGAUUCCUUUCCACCUGCUAGAACAGCUGGUAUUCUAGCAUUAGCUGCGACGCAACAGUACUUUUUGCUACAAGAAGUUGCGAAUCGUAUUUUACCAGCUUUGUGUCCACUCACCACAGACGUGGACAAGGGAGUACGAGAUAAUGCGUUUAGAACUAUUCGAGGAUUCCUGUCAAAGCUUGAGAGAGUAUCGGAGGAUCCUGGUCUACGGGAAUCCAUGGAGGCGGACGUAAAUACAGCAACGCCUAGUCUUAGUAAUGCGGCAGCAACAUGGGCAGGGUGGGCUGUAACAGCAGUCACAGCUAAAUUUUAUCGCAGUCAAUCGGAUACACCAAAAUCAUCAAAUCCUCAUAAUGCAUCGAGAAUUUUAUUAAAUAAACCCGCAUCUCUUGAGCAAGCAAGCAGUUCUCAAAGCAGUGCUAGUACAACAGCCACAACAAGUAGCGCGACAAGUAUGACUUCAUUAGAUCACGAUCACGAGCAUGACUUACAAAAUGCUACGAAUACUAAUUCUGACUGUGAUUGGGAUUGUUGGGAUGCUGACAAUUGGGGCGAUAUGGAGCAACAACCUUCUACAACCUCGACGCUUGGGACACACAAUUCUUCGCCAUCGUCGCAUUCUCCAAAAGCUAACGAUCAAUGGACAAAUCUGGAGGAAGAACCAGAGGAAGAAGCAGCACAAACUAUAGAAGACAAGAAUGAGUCUCCAGAGGUAGUUUGGGAAGACUCAGAAUUUCAACCUUUGGAAGAUUUUCAACCGUUGGAACAGCCAGGAAAUGCUGAAAACACACUUAGUGGAAAUAACAAAUUAGAGGAAGCUAGAAAGAAACGUGAAGAACGAAAAUUAGCCAAGCAAAAGCAAAUGGAAGCAAAAAGAGCAGUAAAAUUAAGAACCGGUAUCACUGCAAAGAAGAUCUAAUCUAAAAAUGUCGUAACUUUUGAACUGCAAACAGGUACAUGGUCACAAUUUUAAUUAUGGAUUAAAUAUGAUGAAAGUGAGAUUAGUUUCUCUUCUAUUAAUGAUUACGGAUUUUGAAUUGUUUUGCAACAUUAUUUCUUGUACUUGAAUUUAUUGUUCUUGAAAAAUAUUAUACAUCCUUUCAAUAAAAUAUAAUCACAUAUUA